UUUCAGGAGACCAAAUGCCAGCUUCAUUGAAAAAGCUCGGUUAUCGAGAAUAGAGACAGGAGGGACAGACGUUUCCAGUGUGCAGACACACACAUAACAAUACACAGAAAACUCUGGGGAACUCGGGGAAAAGGACAUUUUCACAGCCUCAAGAACUUCGGUAGGAGAAAGCAGAAAGAAGACCAAUCGUUUCAAAUAUAAAUCAAGGACAGUGGACGCGCGGGAGUUGAUUAUUCAUUCCGAUAACUUGUGGAAUUAUAAGGGUAACAAAAAAAUUAAAAAACUACCUCUCCGCCAUUUCAUAUUUGUAUUAAAUUGUUCCUUUUCUUUUUAAUUUUAUUUUAUCACCUGUCCUCUGAAGAGCUGACAGCCAGACGGUGUAGUAGAAUUGCAGUGCAGUGCGUAAAGAAACUGAACGCAGCACCAGGAGACGGAACAGCUCACUGCGUUUACCAACAAGAGACAGUGAGGAGGAGUGAGAGAGAGAGACAGACUGAUUUUUUUUUGUAUUCUUGUAUUUUUAUAUCAUAUUUAUUAAUUUAUAGCCUGCGCGAACAUAUUUUUUUCCCAAUUGUUGGUUCUGUUUGGGUCAGAUUUUUUUUUCUUCAUUUUUUGGAAUAUGGUUGGGGAAAUGGAAUCGAAGGAGAAACCUAAGCCCACCCCAGACUAUCUCAUGCAGCUCAUGAAUGAUAAGAAACUGAUGAGCAGCCUUCCCAACUUCUGCGGGAUUUUUAACCACCUCGAACGGCUGCUUGAUGAAGAGAUCAGCCGGGUGCGUAAGGACAUGUACAACGACACGCUAAACGGCAGCACAGAGAAGCGGAGCAGCGAGCUCCCUGACGCGGUGGGCCCCAUCGUGCAGCUCCAGGAGAAGCUCUUUGUCCCUGUAAAAGAGUACCCCGAUUUUAACUUUGUGGGCCGGAUCCUGGGACCACGGGGGCUGACAGCCAAGCAGCUGGAGGCAGAGACAGGAUGUAAAAUCAUGGUGCGCGGGAAGGGCUCCAUGAGGGACAAGAAGAAGGAGGAGCAGAACCGAGGAAAGCCCAACUGGGAGCACCUCAAUGAGGACCUGCAUGUCCUGAUCACGGUGGAGGACGCUCAGAACCGCGCUGAGAUCAAGCUGAAGAGGGCCGUGGAGGAGGUCAACAAACUACUGGUGCCUGCGGCGGAGGGAGAGGACAGCCUGAAGAGGAUGCAGCUGAUGGAACUGGCCAUCCUCAACGGCACCUACCGAGACGCCAACAUCAAGUCACCUGCCCUUGCCUUCUCUUUUGCAGCGAACGCCCAGGCGCCCCGCAUCAUCACCGGCCCCGCCCCUAUGCCCCAGAAUGCCCUGCGCACACCCACCCCGGCCGGCCCCACCCUAAUGCCCCUGAUCCGACAGAUCCAGACCUGCAUGCCCAACGGCUCGCCCCACCCGGGCGUCAUGACCCAGGGUCCCGAGGCGGGCCUUAUAUACGCGUCGCCCUACGAUUACCCCUACACGCUGGCCCCUGCCACCUCCAUCCUGGAGUACCCCAUCGACUCCAGCGGGGUGUUAGGUAAGAAUGCGUGCCCCUGCGAUUGCCCCGCAGCCCCCCACCAACACUACCACCCCCACGGCCAGUGGAACCCCGCCCCCACGCUGAUCCUGCGCCACACCUCCUAAAUAAUGCCCCCCCCAGUCAGCAACAGAAAAAAAACAUUCCAGCUCUUUACUGCAUCUUUCUUUUCACUGUCACGAGACACUUCUCUCAUCUAAAAAGCCCUUUAAGUAAUGUGUGCAUAAAUAAAUAGGCUGUUAAGUGCUCCACUGGCUCGAUGUGAAUUAUAAGAGGGAGCUGUUUUAUUUGGGAAAAGGUCCUUACCCUCCUCUCUCCCGGUCCCCGCAUACACACGUGGCCCUAUAGCUUUGAAAAAGCCACUUAAGAAAAUCAGAUUAGAAAUAUCAUAUUACCAACACAACGUGACUCCAUUAAGAAUGCUCCCAAAGGCACAGUGUAAACCUGAACUGCUAUCAAUGCAUCAAAAUGCCAACAGCAGCUUGUCCAAUUGGGUUGAGCACAUUCUAAAUAGUCCGUCUGUACCGUGUCAGCCCGUAGCAGCCAGUUUUCUGCCCAGUGCAGUGGACCAAGCCUCCAACUGUGUGUCUGGGUGAAGGGAGAGGGGGUGUUACUGUGAGGAGAGGGGCGGGGGGUGGAGGUCGAGGAGCGGCGGAGCCCGGCGAAGAUUUCACCCUGUCUCUCUCUCUUGUGUAACCAAUACAGCGUCCUCAAAGGCCGAAGAGCUGCCCCUCUACCUGGGGUUUCAGACCUGUCACUUUCCCAUCACUGUGCAGCGAGGAGAGCCUUCCAACCGGCCUCCCUUUUAAAGAAACACCCCCUUCCCUCCCUCCUUCCCUCCAUCCCCUCACACAACACACACACACCUCCUCCUCCCCCCCUCCCUCCCUCCCCGCCACCACACGUUGGACUGGUCGAGGAUCGGCCCUCUCUGAACAACAACAAGCCACAUGGGGAAGCCUCAGCCCUUCCUCUUUGAACGUCUGUUCAAAGUGGCGCGUGUGUUACUGAUCAACCCUUUUUGAUUUCCUGUCCUGAUGAUGAUGAUGAUAUAUCUGUGUAUGAUGAUGAGGGAGAAUAAGCACUGAGCCCCACACUGCUGGAGACCCCCCUUGGGGCUGGGUCCCCCCGUCACCCUCUUUCGUGGUUGUGGCUCUGGGGCAUCGGGAGAGGUAACAUGCGGAGGUCGGGACAGAGUGGUUACGGAGCCAAGGGAGUGGUGGGGUGUGUUGGUGACGAGGUUAAAGCAUCUACUGUAGGCUUGACAGGCUUUAUUCACAAAGGGAUUUUAGGACUUUCUGUCCCAACACUGACAGUCUUUACUUCACUCUUAUCAUCAAAUUCACCUAAUUAUUAUUUCAGCUCAAGUGUAGCCACUCGAAACAACAGUAAGUGAGUGAACAACAUGGCCCUUUUGUAUAGAGCUUUUUUGUAUCGACUCAAAAAGGAAUGUCCUAAAAUGGCUUUGGGAAUAGGGCCUGGUGAUGCUUCUCAAAGGACCGCCGGACACUCCUGGCACUAAUUCCCGGUUCCCUUCCUUUAUUCUAGAAGGUGUGGCUUUCCCCACGAAAGGCUAAAAGAAUUUCAAGGAUCCUUACUGAGCCCCUCAUUCGAUUAACACACAGACACUUUUGUUUCCCCAACGGCCUCUUAGUGUAUCGAACCAUGAGUCAGGCCUAUAGCAGUCAGACAGACAGACCCCCACACUACUGAUGUUUACACUGGCCCAACCUCCCCAACGAGGCACAGCUCUUUAUACCAUGCAGGAUGUGUGUGUGGUGGUAUGUGCAUCCUGUACACACACAGCCACACAUGUAUAUGUUGUUUCACUGACUGCUAUGUCUGGGCUUGAGACUCUCGACAAAUACUGUCUCGCUUUACUAAUCACUUAAUUCAUUGCAUUUUUUCUUCUUUUUUAAAAAAAAAUAAGAGAUGUUACUUUUUUUAUUACUGCAAAUGUGCCUAAAAGCUUUCGUCUCUGGGCUUUAACCAGAGAGUGAGUGAUCAGUAUUAUAUUUCAAACGAAUAACUAGAGAGAUGCACUUCCUGAUGCUCAACCAGAGAUUAUGUGACUAGUAAAGCUCCCUUCUCUCUCUCUGUGUGUGUGUGUGUGUGUGUGUGUGUGUGUGUGUGUGUGUGUGUGUGUGUGUGUGUGUGUGUGUGUGUGUGUGUGUGUGUGUGUGUGUGUGUGUGUGUGUGUGUGUGUGUGUGUGUGUGUGUGUGUGUGUGUGUGUGUGUGUGUGUGUGUGUGAAUGCAUAAAUGCCUAAUGUCUGUGAAUCUGUAGCAAGGACUCGAGUAAACAAUGGAUCCUUACAGUCAAUGCUACUCCAUUGUCAUGGAUGUUACUAAAUCCAAUAUUUCUCCUUGUUGCAACAAAAUAUAUGAGUAUAAUUUGUGCCUUAACAUGUAUUUCUAAUGAUUUUUCCUAAUAUUGUUAGAUCUUUGGUCAUAUAUAAGCCUUUAUGAUAUGAUGAAUUGAAUUGAUGGAAAUGGUGAAGGAUGAAAUGACCUAAUCCUUGUUUUGGUCAUGUUGUUGCAAUCCGAGCAGGUGCAGUGACUACUAAGGUUCGAAGGCACGAACUGCGGGUCCAUCCUUACCAAAGGAUAGUGACCGCAGACCGAGGUUAGUUUAGCUCCUAUGCUUUUGUGUGUUAUUGCCAAUGCCUGCUCACUGUUGGUCCUGAUCUGUUUUGCAAUAUGUACAAAUUGUUAAGCUAGUCGUCCCAGUUUGUGAUGUGAUGCAACAUACUGCACCCCCUUCCUACUCUUGGCCUCUGAGAACGUUUAUUUAGGUGAUUCUGAGGAAUAGUGACCACAACACAGUAGGAUAAUGAUGCUUUUGCUAUCUAGGUAGAGACACAAACACGCAUACCUGCAUUUAUAAAACAAACUACUCCACUCCAUUAUUUCGAUGACUUUAUGAAUCUGACAUGAUGUUGAUGACAAAUAAUGGACUAUAGCCCUUCUAAAAGAAAGAAGAUACAAUUAUCUGUGUUUUAGUUUCCCCCUCUGUUGAACGAGAAGUUUGCAAUUGUAUGCACUUAAGUCUUCAACUCCUUAUUAAGUGGAUAAUGUAACACUAUAGUUGAUCAAGUAUGUCCAUUUGUAUUUAUUUGUUUGCGGAAAUUACGUUUUGGAGAAUCUGACCCAUUUUAUUGUCAAAGACAACACAAAAGUGGGUGUAAACCUGUCAUGUCCUAUUUGUUUUUGUUUUUCACUGUCUAAUUGGACUGCAGUAGCUUCCCAUUUUAACUACAGUAAUUUAGAUACAAAAUGAAAUUGUUUAUUUAGUGUCAAAAGUCUCAACAGCGGCCUUAUGAGUAGAGAGGGGUGGACACGUGGUGGGCUUUAGACUGGAAAUAGCUUCUUCUGCAGAUAGGUAAACAAACACAACUGCCAAACCCUUUACUCUCUGAAGUCUACCCAUUUCCUGCCCUCCUUUUUUUUAAAGUCCAUGCAGAACUUUUACUACCCUUACUGAAUAUUGAGAAUCAUUGAGGAAGUUAUUGGAGAAGGAACCAUGUGUGAAGUUACACAGGCAACUAGGAAUUUGCGGGAUCUGUAGUCUACAGUGUCUUCUCUUUUUCAUCCUUAGACCUCAGUGCUUCAUACAACAAGUGUGCCUUGUACAUACACACACUGUGUAUCAUCACAUUUACAUUUCAUUACAGAUAAUUACUCGUACCUAAUCAAGGAAACGGUUGCAAUGUGCCAGGGGAUUUGAUGCCAAUGCCAAUUGAAAACAGCCGACAAGCAGUGUAUUUAUCAAUAAGGCUACAUUUUAGUACAUACAUUGAAAUAGAACAAUCCAGUGAAAUUAAAUUAAAGUUCAAUAACCAAUGAAUUAAAUCACCUUUUUUUGCUGCUAAAUGAUAUGGAACAAUUAAAGAGAGAGUUCACCCAAAUUACAAAAUAACAUAUUGGAUUCUUUACCCUGUCAGCAGUCGGACAAGGUAUGACACAGCAACACAUGUUUUGGUUUAGUUUCCCUGAUACUGUGUCCACAGUAAUCCAUUUUGUAAUUUGGGUGAAUUAUCCCUUUAACAUAUAGCACUGUAUGAUCAUCAUGUACAGUCAUAGUGUCGCACUUUAUACAUUGUUGGACAUUGCUUGAAUCCUUAUACUCUUAAAAAGAAAACGUAUCUAUGCCUAUCAUCAACAUGACCCGUCACAGUAAUGAGUCAGUGAUUGUCUUUACAAAACAAAGUUCAGAUACACACAGUAUAUUAUACAGACUGUAUCUAAGGAUAUUCAGAUUUCACUGUAGAGCAGACUGUGAAUUGCCUCUGAAAACAUUACAGGCCAAAUCUGCCCUAAAAACAAAUAAGUAAUGUAAAAAAAUAACUGUAACAUGGAGUUCCUUAAGAAGUGCAUAUUAUUACUAAAAGGUCCAACCUUAAUCAACAGUAAAAGAAUCUGAUAAUGGUAACGGAUAGGUAACACUGACUUAAUUAAUGAGAAACCAAAAUCAGAUUAAAUUGCACAAAGGCCUGUAUUUAAUCUACCUCAUCAUAGGUUUGGGCCCCAUACUCUGAUUAACAGUUUUACAACAUUAAAAGUUUGGACAACACUUUAUCCAAACAUUAAGGUAAUAUAAUACAAUAUAAUAUGAUUGACAUUUGUGAUUCAGUGCGGUUCGGAUGGUGAACCAUGAGGCAGGUGGAAUGAAUGCAGGCCAACCAGUCAAACUUGAGUGUUUAGAGGCAGGCUGUCUCUGAUGGAGGCAGGGGAGGAGACAGAUGUAAAAUGGCAUCUGAAAUGUGGGUUUCUUUAUCAGCUCAUGUUGGCAAAGAUGUUGAACAGUCUCAGUAUAGUAUCAAAUAAGUGCAUUAAUUGGGUCUAGAGAUUUAUACAGUAUAUUCUGAUUUAGAUUUUCCUCUGGACAUUUUACAGUGCAUUUGAAAGCGUUUUACAACAGCUCUCAACGAUACACAGUUUUCUCAAACUCUUAGUACAGUAAGAUUUACAUCCUCUUGUCAAUCUGGUGAAGAAGCCUUUCUGUUUUCUUUACAUCUGUUGCACUUUGCUUCGUUUGAAAAGAGAGACGUUACGCCACAGAACUUAUUUUGCACUGAAUGAUUUAAAAAAGUAAAAAGCAUUUUUUUAAAUUAAAAAAAAAAUCUCUUCUGCUCCAGUCAGAAGGGCAGACAUGUUUAAAAAGUGACAACUACGACAAACCUCAGACGAUGAAAUAAGUAAAUGAAUACAUGUAUGAUCUAAGCUGAAGAAGUCUUAAUGGACCACUGUGGAGUGGACAGAGAAUUCUAGGGUUCCACUUUAUGGGUGAGAAAUUGCCAGAGUAUGAAAUGCAUUUAUUGAGAAGGAAACAAAUCACCUUGAGACAUUUUUUUAACGUUUUACUGUAAGCUUCUUUUUAUUUGUUGUUGUUGCAAAGAAAAUAGUAUAUACUUGUGGCUUCUUGAAAUAUAUAUAUAAAUAUAUAUAUUAAAAAUAUAAAGCAGGAAUGUAUAUGAAAUGUCAGAUUUUACUUGUAUUUUGCAAAGAAAUAGCCAGGAUUAUUCUAGAGGGCUAUUUGUAGGAAAGACACAUAGCAGCUUUAUAGAACCACUUUAGAAAAUGUCCUAUAUUUUUGAAUAUAUUUUAGGGCUUUAUACAAAAGACAGGACCUUUUCAGUGUUUAUAUGCAAGUGCAUUUUAUAUCAUGUGUCCUGUGAAUUGUCUAUUUGUCUCCUAAGCUGAGGGUACCGGCUGAAGUGACAGCUUUAGCAUGCUCACGGCUUCAACUUCCAUGGCUAGUGUGCUAUUCUAGAAAAUACCAUGUAGUGUUGCUUUGUACCAUUAAGGCAAGGAUUUUCAUGUUUGUUGUAAAUAGAAAACAUACUUUAAAAAGGCAAUAAAAAAUUAUAUUGAGUAAAAAAAAAACUAUA